AUGCUAUUUUCAAGAUGUAGAGGCGGUGGAGGAGGUGGAGGCGGCGGCGGCGGAGGAGGUGGAGGCGGCGGCGGAGGUGGUGGAGAAGUAACGGAUCCUCCGUGCAACUGCGUUACAACAACCACUCCUGCACCUUGCCUCACGACGACAGUUUGCCCGACAACUGCCCCUCCUUGUCCAACACCUACUACAACUACACCAACAACCACAACAACUAGAACUACAACCACCACUACGCCGACAACUACUACCACCAGAACAACAACAACGCCAACAACAACUACAACAACACCAACAACUACCACAACUCGUACGACAACUACCACGAGAACAACUACCACUACCACUACACCUACAACAACUACAACUAGAACAACUACAACACCAACUACAACAACUACAACGCCGACCACAACAACUACAACCCCAACCACAACAACCACUCCAACCACAACCACAACCACCCCAACCACAACCACCCCAACCACAACUACCACCCCAACCACAACUACCACCCCAACCACAACUACCACCCCAACCACAACGACUACCACAGCCACAACUACCACCCCAACCACAACCACCCCAACCACAACUACUACCACAACCACAACUACCACCCCAACCACAACCACCACCCCAACCACAACAACUACACCAACAACAACCACUACACCAACAACCACUACCACAACCCCGACCACAACAACCACAACACCAACCACAACAACCACAACACCGACGACAACAACAACAACUCCAACCACGACGACAACAACUCCUACCACGACAACCACAACACCGACUACCACAACUACCACACCGACAACGACCACCCCGACAACAACGACCGAGGGUGACCCACCGACCGAUCCUGAUCCAUUCUGCCCAAGGAUGGUCCUUGAGAAGUGCGGCCAGGCCGAGACGGUGACCUACUUCAACAAGUUGUUGCUGCCCUAUCCAGGUGACUGCUCGCGCUUCUGCCGCUGUGUGUCCCAGAUGGCGACGCAACACGCGUGUCCCAAGGGUCUGCACUUCAACGCCGACAUCCAGGCGUGCGACCUGCCCAACCUGGCCAGGUGCUCCGCGACAGGCACCAUGUCCAGGUACCAGUGAUCAACAAGAAGAUGUAAUCUUUUACGUAACUGUAAGCCUGUUUGCUGUAAGUAGUUUUACUAAACGUGCAUGAUGUUAAUUUGUAAGACGUGAAGUGUUAUUUAUUGAAUAAAGAAUAAGGCUAAAA